AUGAUGACAAAACAAUUUGAUGCCUUGAGCCUUCACAAUCUUACUGUUGACUAUAUAAGAAAGGCGCCACCUAUCGAACCUGAUAACCUUGAACACCACCAUGUCUAUGGAGGAGCAGUGGAAGAUCGCGGUGCUGAGCUUUCGAAUAAGCUGAUUAAAGCUACUAAAAAGAGAGAUGAAGCCAUUCUCGAAGCUUCGAAAUUGAAGUAUUCAAUGGCCGAGCUCGAAAAGAAGCUGAACGGCCUAGAAAUUUACUGCCAUAGCUUGAAAUCUGGGCUUGAAGUUUGUAGCAGCACUAGUAAGAUUUCAGUAAGUUUUAGUUAA